AUUUUUGUUUUAAUACAAAAUUGCGGUGAGUCGCUCCGCGAAGCCGGAGAGGAGAGAGCCCAUCAGCAAAGGUGCAAAUAUUUUGGCAGCAGAGGUGAAGGUGCCCUUUGAAUUUUCUCACUAAACCCUAGAGAAUCUUCAGGGAGGAGGACAGUCACAAUGGCCAGCAAAUCUGCUAGUGACCGCAAAGAACCUCCGAAUGAGCAAGCGGUUGCAAACAUAUACACGGCCAUGAGAUCAGAGCUGAGCCAAAUCUACUCCAACAUAACCGAACUCGAAAUGCAAGUGAGCGAACACACGUUGGUCAUCAACGCCAUUCAACCGCUCGACCCAUCAAGAAAAUGCUUCCGAAUGAUUGGAGGUGUGCUCGUCCAGAGAACCAUCAAAGAGGUCCUCCCAGCCGUUCAGCGCAACAAGGAAGGGCUUGAAGAGGUUGUCAAGAAGCUGUAUGAGACACUCGAGAAGAAAAAGAAGGAUCUUUCUGAAUUUGAGGCCAAGUAUAAGAUUAGGAUAAGGAAACACGAUGAUUCCAAGGAGGAGGAAGGUAACAAGAAGGAAGGUAACGCUCAAGGUGUUCUUGUCGGACCGGCGAGCUCAAGCCAGUGAACUCCAGUUUUUGUCUGCUGUCAAGAUAUUUGAAUGUGACCUUUCUCUGAAAAUCUUGGUUGUUUUGAUUGUUCAGAACCAUUAGAGACUACAAGAAAUGUGAUCUGGGAAUCAGUUUUUGUGCUUGAAUC